AUGACCAUGUGGUGGGUGUUUUGGAUAACUGCAUUUACGCUUCUGACGAGCGUCAAGACAUCGAUAUAUGAUGACGAUUACGACACAUACACUAGGGCCUACGAUUUUGCUUCAUCGGAAAGUCGCACCUGUACAUCAUCAGAAUUCCGAUGCAAGACAGGACGAUGCGUGCCGAUGUCAUGGCGAUGUGACAAUGAGAAAGACUGCUCCGAUGGAUCUGAUGAAGAACCUGGCACUUGCAAAGUGGAAGCGUGCGGUCCUGAAGAGUUCACCUGCAGGGGGAAACGAGGGGAAUGCGUGCCCCUCACGUGGAUGUGCGACGACAACAUCGACUGUUCCGAUGGGUCCGAUGAAAAAGCAUGCAAUGAGACAUGUCGUUCUGACGAGUUCACAUGUGGGAACGGCAAAUGCAUUCAGCAUCGGUGGGUUUGCGAUGGUGAUGACGACUGUGGCGAUGGCACCGAUGAAGUGAAGUGUCCAGCGCCUACUUGUCAACCUCAUACUCACUUCUCAUGUGCUGAUGGGCAUUGUGUAACUGCAAGAUGGAGGUGUGAUGGAGAUAUCGAUUGUCCCGACGGAAGUGAUGAAACGGGCUGUUCAACUACACCUAAAAUGAUAUCGCCAUGUAUAGCCACAGAGUUUGAAUGUAAGGACCGGAUGACCUGUGUUCAUAGAGCGUGGGUAUGUGAUGGAGACCGCGACUGUCCCGACGGAGGGGACGAGGCUCCUGAGAUUUGCAGAGGGAAUAUUACAUGCAGAUUAGAUCAGUUCCAAUGCAAAGAUCACAGCUGUAUACCUGGAGCACUCUAUUGUAAUGGAGAGAAGGACUGUCCAGAUGGAAGUGACGAACUCAAUUGUACUCGACCUAAGCCAGUGUGUGAUAAAAAAACAGAAUUUGAUUGCGGCGGCGGUAUGUGCAUACCGCUAUCGAAGGUCUGUGACAAACAUCCCGAUUGCCCGAACUUCGAAGACGAACCAAAAGACCGGUGUGGAGAAGACGAAUGUGCGAAGAAUAAUGGAGGAUGCACUCAAAAAUGUGUUGAUACACCCGUUGGAUAUUAUUGCGAUUGCGAAAAAGGAUAUAAGCUAACGGACAAUCGAACUUGUGAAGAUAUCGACGAAUGCGCGGAUCCUGGUGCUUGUUCGCAAAUAUGCAUAAAUGAGAAGGGUACGUUCAAAUGUGAGUGCCACGCUGGCUACGCAAGGGAUCCUAGAGACAGGACUAGGUGCAAGGCAACAGAAGGCCACCCAUCACUACUGUUCGCUAGACGUUUUGACAUCAGAAAGAUUAGUCUCGAUCACCAUGAGAUGGUAGCCAUCGUGAAUGAUACAAAAUCAGCCACAGCCCUCGAUUAUGUUUUUAGAACUGGCAUGAUAUUCUGGAGCGACGUUACUGAUGAGAAAAUUUAUAAAGCUCCCAUAGAUGAAGGAAGUCAACGUACAGUAGUGAUAGGUGAUCAGCUCAUCACAUCAGAUGGUCUCGCAGUAGACUGGAUCUAUAACCACCUGUAUUGGACUGAUACUGGCAAGAAUCACAUAGAACUGUCUGACCUUCAAGGCAAUAUGAGGAAGAUCCUCAUCAGGGAUAAACUAGAAGAGCCAAGAGCCAUAGCCCUCAAUCCUCUUGACGGUUGGAUGUAUUGGACAGACUGGGGCCAGAUACCGAAAAUUGAACGUGCUGGUAUGGACGGGUCCCACAGACAGACUAUUGUCUCCUAUGAUGUAAAAUGGCCUAAUGGUCUGACUUUGGAUUUAGUCCGAAAACGUGUAUAUUGGGUCGACGCAAAGCUGAAUACCAUAUCAUCUUGCAACUACGACGGAACUGCUCGAAGGGUUAUCCUCUACUCAACUGACGUGCUUAGACAUCCUUUCUCCAUUACUACAUUCGAAGACUGGGUGUACUGGACUGAUUGGGACAAGACUGCUGUAUAUAGGGCUAACAAAUUCAAUGGAAAAGAUGUUGAACCUAUUACCUCAACACAUACGCUACAAAAUCCCAUGGUCAUCCACGUAUACCACCCGUAUCGUCAACCCGAUGGAGUGAACCACUGUGCGGCAGUCAACGGGCACUGUUCUCACCUGUGCCUGCCAGCGCCCAGGAUGGGCCCCAACUCCCCUCGAGUGUCCUGCGCCUGCCCCAACGGUCUACGACUGCUGCCAGACAACCAGAUGUGCGUCGAAGAUAAUACAAUAAAUCCUGAUCCGGAGGUGCUUAAAUCUGCUAAUGGUUCAAAGAAAUCUAUAGUAAUUGAGGAAAAGCCUUUGCCCAGCGUCCCUGAAUCUCCUAAAGCCGGUGCUGGAAUUCCGUCUACAGGACGCGAUGCUAGUGUUGUCGCGGGUAUCGUGGUUGCAGUAUUCUCCGGACUCAUUAUACUGGCUGCUUUGAUCGCGGUGGUAAUGUACCGGCAUUACGUGCAUCGUAACGUCACAUCUAUGAACUUUGACAAUCCUGUAUACCGCAAAACUACUGAAAACCAAUUCGCUCUAGAACAAAAUGGCUACGCACCAGGCAGCAAAUUGUACCCCAGCACCGUUGGAGAGGAGGCGAUGUGUAAUAAUUUACUGCUGAGAUAUUUGUUUUUCAUGCGUUUUCAUUCGAGGGCUUCUAAAAUUCGGCCCAAGAACCCCUCAACACCCCCGGCACAAAUGACUAUGUAUAGUGCUAGAGCUGGAAGUAAAUACGAUAGUAUGUCUUUAAAUGUGAAAAGAAAAAGAAGGACAUGUGAUACUCUAGUGAACCAG